GUUGACAAGUCUUCGGAAGAGGUUAUUUUAGAAAUUGAACAGCCAGGACCACGGCAGAAUGGCGGUCAGUUGUUUUUCGGCAAUGAUGGAUACUUGUAUAUAACUACUGGCGAUGGCGGAGACCGAGCCAACAGCAGAUUUGACAAAUUUUCGCUGUUAGGAAAGAUUCUUCGGAUCAAUGCCAGCCUCGCUUCCCCUUACGGUGUACCAGAAAGUAACCCAUUUGUUAAUAGUGGUCGACCGGAAGUGUUCGCCUAUGGUUUCCGGAACCCCUGGCGGUGUGCUGUAGAUCAAGCGACCUACCAAAACCGUAUAAUUUGUGGAGACGUUGGUGAAGAGGACAGAAAUGAAGAAGAGAUAAGUGUUAUAGUUGCAGGAGGACGAUACGGUUGGAUAGAUACUGAACACGCCCCCUGUCGGUCACUUAAGGAGUGCAAGAAAGUUGAAAACCUUCUAAGUGAUGAAGAUCAACUACCGAUUCAUGUUUAUUCCUUGCCAAAAGGUCAAGCUGUAGUAGGGGGCGUUGUUUACCGAGGUACGAAUAUAAGGUCGCUCCAAGGCCUUUAUGUUUACGGAGAUUUCGUUCACGGAUCUCUUCACUAUUUAAAGGAAGAAACAUUUUAG